AUGGCCCGUGGGCUGGUGAAGAAGCUGCUCCUCUGCGGCCCAAAGAGCUUCAGCACCGCCGACGACAACAAUCUCGAACAUGGGCACAUUUGGGUGCGCGUCGGAGUCGAAGAGCCACAGAGAUUCAGACUGGACGCUCAUUUUCUGAGCCACCCUCUGUUCGGAGAUCUUCUACAGCUUUCAGUCGAGGAGUUCGGGUACUCUUACGGCGGCGCACUGAGGAUCGCGUGCGAGACCGAGCUUUUCCUGCAUCUGUUGAGGUUGCUGAGGAGCAGCAGCGCUUCUGUGCAUUACAUGAAGCUUCAGAACCUCAGGGAAAGCUUUUAUGCGCGAAAAUUGUCGUCGUGGUCGACAAUUGAAAAUCGAUGCUCUUAG